CAAACAAGACUGCAACAGUCACCGCGGAACUUUUGCCUUCUGCACUUCGGAAUUUCGAUUUGGUCGUUUCCUUUUUUCGAUUCACAUAAAUUAAAAUCGGUGGGAAUUAUGUGAGUUUUCGUUGCUCACGUGAGGGUCACAAAAUGACCGUGCGGAAAAGUGUUUUUUCCCACUAGGCUCUAUUGCCAAACUGAUUGUUACACCGAACUUUGGUGUUGUUUACGCGUACACGUGUUGACCUGUCAACUCUGUCAUUUUCCUUUAUUUUUGGAUGUUUACCAAUUACUUCUUGAUAUUAUUCUAAUUGUUUUUUUUUUGGAUAAAGACAGCUCAUCAACGGACCCAAGCCUACAUAGCCUUUAUACGACUUCCCAGCUAAGCCUAUAUUCCACCUCGCAAACGUACAACUAGCAAAACCCUAACGGACUUCUAAAUAGUGCCUAUUUCAGCUCGCAUAUUUAGCUCGCGUCGCUCGAGACGCUUCAAUCGCUCUUUUUUUUUCACCCCGCGUGACCCGUACGCGUUAUAAGUGGCGCCUGCGUGCGCAGCGUAUAUGCGCGUGUGUUUCGGCACCCUUUGCUUCUCGUCGAGGCUGAACACGGCCUGCGCCGAGGACGAAGACGCUCAGCAGGUGGUCGUCGCGACGGAUCGGGGCGGCGGUGGGCCCGCCCUCUUGAACGGCGGCCCUGAAUCACACGGCGGUACCGGUGGACGUGAACCAGGACGCUUUUUUAACAUGGAGGGUGGAGACGGGGGUAACGAGGGUGCUUCCACCCUUCCCGUAACCGAACGUGAGGAAUUGCUCAGGCUAUUGGUAAAAAAAGACGAAGAAAUUAAACGUCUCCAAGACGAGUUAGCCCAAAGCCACCAUAAAAUAUUUGAACUACGUUCCCAACUGGACAAAUUCCAAUCAGUAAUGGCUAUCACCCAUAACCACCCAGCAAGCCCUAAAGGGCUCGGUAGCCAAUUAAGACCGAGAAAACAAAGGGCCGGUAUUUCGGCCGAACCCCAAAACGAGAAGAGCAUCUUGGAGAUGAGCAGCCUCACUUUCCCGACGAUCUACAAAAAUGAAAGUUCGCGUGAAUUAAUCAAAGCUGCAAUUCUGGACAAUGAUUUCAUGAAAAACUUGGAAAUUACCCAAAUAAGGGAAAUCGUGGAUUGCAUGUAUCCAGAGGAAUACCUUAAAGGCAGUAUCAUAAUCCAGGAAGGCGACGUGGGCAGUAUCGUAUAUGUCCUUGAAGAGGGAUGCGUAGAAGUAUCAAGAGAGGGCAAAUUCCUCUCCACCCUAACUCCAGGCAAGGUCCUCGGAGAGUUGGCGAUCUUGUACAACUGCCAGAGGACCGCAACCAUAAAAGCCGCCACAGAUUGCAAAUUAUGGGCGAUAGAAAGACAAUGCUUCCAGACUAUUAUGAUGAGGACUGGUCUUAUUAGACAGGCCGAGUAUACCGAUUUCCUUAAGAGUGUUCCUAUCUUCAAAGACCUCCCGGAAGAGACCCUAAUCAAAAUCUCAGACGUCCUCGAAGAGUGUUACUAUGCCAAUGGUGACUACAUCAUCAGACAAGGAAACCGGGGAGAUACUUUCUUCAUCAUUAGUAAAGGACACGUUAAUGUGACCAUCAAGAAAGACUCCCACGAAGAAAAGUACAUCAGGACUUUGGGGAAAGGAGACUUUUUCGGAGAAAAGGCUUUACAUGGUGAUGAUCUCAGGACAGCCAACAUCAUAGUGAAUGAUCCGGAAGGUGUCACCUGUCUGGUAAUCGAUAGGGACACUUAUCUGCAGCUCAUUUCCAAUCUGGAUGAAGUCAGAACUAAAUAUGUAGAUGACAUUGACGAUAGAAGACGAUUAAACGAAGAAUUCUCCACUGUACGUCUAGAAGAGCUGAAAAUACUAACCACACUUGGAGUGGGUGGCUUCGGCAGAGUAGAACUGGUGCAAAUCAAUGGCCAACCGAACAAGGCAUAUGCACUGAAACAGAUGAAAAAAGCCCAAAUUGUGGAAACAAGACAACAGAUGCAUAUCAUGUCAGAGAAGGAAAUUAUGGGCGAAGCUAACUGUGAUUUUAUUGUUAAAUUGUAUAAAACUUUUAAGGAUGCCAAAUAUCUGUAUAUGCUCAUGGAAAGUUGCCUUGGAGGUGAAUUAUGGACAGUUUUAAGAGACAAGGGCCAUUUCGACGAUAACACCACCAGAUUCUACACGGCAUGCGUGGUGCAAGCUUUCGACUAUUUGCACUCAAGAAAUAUCAUUUAUAGAGAUUUGAAGCCUGAGAAUUUGCUGUUGGAUAGCAGAGGUUACGUAAAACUGGUGGACUUUGGAUUCGCUAAAAAACUUCAAGCCGGUCGGAAAACGUGGACUUUUUGCGGCACGCCGGAAUACGUGGCGCCCGAAGUGAUUUUAAAUAAAGGGCACGACAUUAGUGCCGACUAUUGGUCUUUGGGGGUAUUAAUGUUUGAGUUAUUGACAGGAACGCCACCGUUUAACGGCAGCGAUCCUAUGAAGACUUAUAAUGUUAUUUUAAAGGGCAUCGAUGCAAUAGAUUUCCCUAAAAAUAUUACUAGAAACGCAACAGCUUUGAUUAAGAAGCUGUGCAGGGAUAACCCAGCUGAACGGUUGGGAUAUCAAAAAGGCGGCAUCAGUGAUAUCCAAAAACAUAAAUGGUUUGACGGCUUUAAUUGGGAAGGUUUGGUGAACAGAACACUGACUCCUCCAAUUUUACCCAGCGUAAGAAAUGUGACGGACACAUCGAAUUUCGACCCGUAUCCACCUGACGAAGCGGGAGUGCCCCCGGACGAUUUGACCGGAUGGGACAGAGAUUUUUAAUAACUAAUUAAUAUUAUGAUUAUAUUAAAUUAUGUGAUUUUAAUUGUUUACGUUAAGUGCCUUCUAAGAAAAUACUUAUUUUAAUAUUUUCAUGUGUUAAAAUGGAUAUUAAAUGAAAAAGAAAAUAUUUAUUUAUUUAAUUAAAUAUUUUUUUUAAUAUACGGCCAGGAUAAAGGCUAUCUAGGGCAAUAUACUAGAUAAUUAUCAAACGCAGCGGGCAAAAUCUCCCUAUGUAUAUGAUCUAACAGUGUUCGUGCCAAUUAAAUUUUAAUUAUAGGUUAAACAAGAAAUCUAUAUCAUGACAUUUUUUAACUCGAGAACUGAUAUUUUUAAAAUUAUUUUAACGUUGUUACAUGUCCCGGCGAACAUAAAUUAUGAAUAUUAAUAUUAUUUUAUUAUUUAAGAUGUGCCAUUAGGUUUUAUGUUUUUUUUUGUAAUUGUACCAUACUAAUAUAAACUAAGCUUAAAAUUAGGUAUUUCCGAUGAUAUUUUUGGCGAUUUUAUUCUAAAAUUGUAUAUAAACAAGAGUUACCUAUAAUCCGAUAUGUUCUUUUAACUUUAUUUUUUAAUGUUAAAGAAUGUUACAACUUGUAAAUUUAAAUGAUGUAAGGAAAUAAAUGGUUAGUAAUGUAAAA